CGUCGGAGACGCUCGCUUCGCGGCUAUCUGCUCUUCGCUGAGGAGCCAGGGCAGCCAUGGUCUCAGACGAAGAUGAAUUGAAUCUUCUGGUUAUCAUAGUUGAUACCAAUCCAAUUUGGUGGGGAAAGCAAGCAUUAAAGGAAUCUCAGUUUACUUUAUCCAAAUGCAUAGAUGCUGUGAUGGUGCUGGGAAAUUCCCAUUUAUUCAUGAAUCGUUGCAACAAACUUGCUGUGAUAGUAUUAACAAGGCUGUGCUUUUAGGUGAUUAAGGCUGCAGAAGACAGCGCAUUGCAGUACAUGAACUUCAUGAAUGUCAUCUUUGCAGCGCAGAAACAGAAUAUUUUGAUUGAUGCCUGCGUUUUAGACUCAGAUUCAGGACUCCUCCAACAGUGGGUUUUUCUUCCGGAUCAAGAUCAGAGAGCUCAGUUAAUCCUCCCACCCCCAGUUCAUGUUGACUACAGGGCCGCUUGCUUCUGUCACCGAAAUCUCAUCGAAAUUGGCUAUGUCUGUUCCGUGUGUUUGUCAAUAUUCUGCAAUUUCAGCCCUAUCUGUACCACGUGCGAGACAGCCUUUAAGAUUUCUCUUCCUCCUGUACUGAAGGCCAAGAAAAAGAAACUGAAAGUGUCUGCAUAAUGAUAAAAUGUUUUCCCCAUCUUUUAGAAAAUAGGAUUUGUAUGGCAGAAUCUUUGUUGGUAAGACUCUGAAAAAAUGUAUAUAU